ACCACUAACGUCAGCAGCACCCUCUGCAAAAUUGGACAAAAGCUGAAUAUCAGCGUUGAAGUCUUCCCAGACACCCCAGUCACUGUUUACUGGCGCUGGAACAAAACCGAUAACUGGACAACGGGACCCUUGGAGUGUAAAGAACUGGGCUGGCAUGAUCUGCAUGUAAUGGUCGAGAAUGCUAUCAGUGUCGUAUCCAGCGAGUGUUACAACGAAAUUUUGGUUGUUGAUUAUAAUUUUACCUUCAAUCCUGAAAUUGGAGCCCUUAAUAGUACCGUGGAGAUAACGAGAUCGAGCGUGGCACAGAUUUCGGAUGAAACAAAUUACACGUUUAUAUUGGAAUUUGAAGACGAAUCCAUUCGAUGCCCGAACAAAACAUUUUCAAAGGUCUUUACGACGGCAAAUCCAGAUCCAGGUCAUCUUGUCACACUGUGGAUAUACAAUCAAGAGGGUCAUGCAACCUUCCUACAGAAGUACAUCAAAGUAUAUGAACCUGUUGAGCCUCCCAUCAAAGUCUCGUACAAAAACAUCAGCGGAAAAAACAAGCCGAUCGAUUUUGUCAUUGAACCUCACAAAGGACAUGGUGUCAUAUACAGAUGGGAGUUUGGUGACAAUUCCACAGUCCUAAACAGUACCAAUCGAACAACGACUCACACGUUUUCGUCCACUGGUGAUUUCUGCGUCCUGUUGUCAGUAACAAACUUCUUCUCCGAGGCCUUAAUCAAUUUGAAAAUGACGGUUGUAACAGCGAUAGAUGGCUUUGGAUUUGUUAAAAAUAUUACUACCGUGCAAACAGGAUCUCCUACAAAUAUUGGCAUCGAAGUAAGAAAUGGAAGUAAUGUAAACGUCUCCAUCGACUACGGAGACGGCUCCCCACCCCUGUGGAUAGUGAAUAUUGAUGACGUACUAGACAUCUUCGUUAUUUCGGUGUGGCAUAAUUACAGUGCACCUGGCCUCUACAAUGUCAGUAUCAAAGCAUUGAAUGUCCUGAGCACCCACACAGCUACGAGCAUAGCUGAUGUACAAGAUCCAGUUCGGAAUCUUACCAUUGAGAAAAAGUACGAUACCCCAUGUCUUGAAGUAAAUGGGACACUCAGGGUUCAUCUUACCGUCAACGGAUCCAAACCUCGAUUCAUCUACAAUUUCGGCGACAAAAAGAACGUGACCUCGAGUGAACUUAUUAGAAACCACUCAUACAUUACUCACGGGGACUAUGAACUCAACAUUACAGCUUUUAACGACAUCAGCAGUGUUUUCAAGAUGAGCACAGUUACAGUGUGCAAACCAGUAGUUCUCCUCGUCGGCCUCAUUGUUACCAGCCCACCAACGAACCUUAGUGACAACGUGGAGUUCACCCUUAAUCUCGGAGAAGGUUCCGACUUUGAGUGCGUCUAUAAUUAUGGAGAUGGCAGUUUUGACUACUUUGGAAAGAACUGCUUUAAUAAAACAUACUUUGCAGACGGUGUUACUACCGAUAAAACGCCUUUUUUGAAUCUGGAGUUCAAAGUCAGUCACAAUUAUUCCGAUGCAGGAUUCUACACAGUUUUUGUGAACUGUUCAAACAGAUUGAAGGAAGUCAACUUCACCUCUUUCGCAAUUGUUCAAAAGCCGAUAGAGGAACUUGUCCUACCUGAGAUUUCUCCCAAGAUUCUUGGGCGUUACAACCCUAUCACUUGGACAAUGGAAAACGGUACCAAUGUAACUUUCUCGUUAGAGGCGGAUGGAACAAACAUCAAUUAUACCUCGUUCAAAACGGAUACCGGAGACGUUUUGAACACAAGCCUUUCUCACAUAUACUCUGUGGGUGUCUAUCUCGUCAAGCUGCGAGCCCAGAACAAAGUUUCCGAGGCAAGUCGCUCGAUAACCCUCAUAAUCCAAAUUGACGUAACAGACGUGACAUUCAAAACUUGGACAACCACUAGUGACUUUGGGUCAAACAUCCCGGGAUUUGGAAGCGGUAACAACAUAUUUCCCUGUGAAUACCCCGUAAAUUUUACCGCUGAGCCAAACAAUGGAACAAAUCUCACCUUCUGGUGGAGGUUCGAAGAUGACAAGGAGAAAAAUACCAGUGAAGCUACGACUACCCACAAGUUCGCUGAGGCUGUUGGCGAGUAUUGGACAAAUGUAACCGUCUUCAAUCUUGUUAGCAGCGUGACAAGGAUGUUUGUACUCAAAACAGAGAAAAGUAUCAUGGGCCUUACUAUUGAUGAUGACAGUCCCGUGAAGAUCAAUCGGACAACUUCCUUUCAACUUGGAUUUUCCAAAUUCGGAACCAAGACGUGCAUCAACAUGGACAUGGGUGAUAACAAAGGUUUUUUCGUGUUCGGGGGAAGUUACUGUCCGGGUAAUACAGGCGACAUAGAUGAAAACUCCAAUAGCUAUGUUCAUAGGUACAAUUAUUCCUCUAUUGAUGAGUUCUGGGUGAAAAUCGUCGCCAAUAACACUGUGUCAAACCAAACACUCGAGUACAAAUCGGUCAUAGUGGAACUUUCUUGUUUCUAUCCUAACGCCUCCUUAUCGGGUGUGAGUGCAAAUGUAGGCAUGUUUACGAAGAAAAAACGCUCGGAAUCCAUCCAAAUAAUGACGGAGCUAGAGGUUGAUUGUGAAGCCUCAAAAACUACUCUUUUCAAGUGGAAAUGUUUCAAGAUAUCAUCGAAUCAAAAAGUUUACACACCGCUUCCCGGCAAGGGUGAAGAGAUACCUUUAGCAGUGGAUGAUCAAGCUGAAUUAAAUAUACCCAAAACUGGACUUGACUUCGGUUUCUACAGGCUUGAGUUCACCGUCUCCAUGGCAAAUAUUGAAGGCGUCUCUGGGUCAGCGGAAGGGUAUAUACAGGUGGUGCCCACCAACAAUUCUUUGACGGCUUUCGUCGAUGGAGGACUAUACAAACGGUACAAGUUUGGAAAAAAUAUUACUAUGAAUGCCACGGGUUCAAAGGACAUAGACUUUCCGAAGUUGUCUGAGGCUUCACCGAGAUAUUUCUGGCUUUGUCGAAACUCAACUGAGCCUGAAUUUGACACAAGUGGAGAUUUAACCAAAACUGAAAAAGUUAGGGUACCCUGCAGCGGCAGCCAAAACAAAACGGAGAACCUUGGAGGCUGCUUUAAAACCGGAAAGGGGCGCCUCAAUAUCUCGGGUCCUAUCGGGUACAUAAACUCCAGAGGAAUGUCAGAAAAUUCUACGUACUUCAUCACACUCGUCGUCAUCGACGAAAACCCUUUUUGGAGUAACAGAGCUGUCUUCAAUCAUAAGAUGGAAAUUGUCAUUGGCGACCCACCAGAAGUGGAAGUGAAAUGCAGUCCUGUGUGUGCGUCGAAAGUGAACAUCGACCAAAAACUGCCUCUGAGGGGUACUUGUAUAGACUGCUAUGGAGAACUGGACUUUCGAUGGCAACUGUAUAGGCAAAAUGGUGCAGAUCCCACAAAGACUGGGGAGAUGGAGCCGGUAAAGCACCUCGACAAAAAAUCAUCUACAGGAGAUAAGUCACUCAACCUUGCACUGAAGAAAAACAUACUAGUAAAAGAUGAACAAUAUGUAGCCGUUUUCAGAGCUUAUCGGCUUAGCGGGCAAUACGGGGAGUUCAUCCAUACUUUUGAGACUAAUUCUCCACCGGAAAAUGGGACCUGUGAAAUACACCCCAAGAUAGGAUAUGCCAUGAACACGUCGUUUAGGAUAAACUGCUCUCAUUGGAUGGAUCCUGAUCAACCACUGACCUACGAGUUUGCUUACGUCAACUAUUAUCAGGACAACGUGUUUUUUACGUCGCAUGAACCUAUUUCGUCUUCAGUACUUCUUCCCAUGGGACACGAAUCUAAAAAUUUCACCCUGCAUAUGAGGCUUAAAGUAAUUGACAGAUUUGGAGCUGCUAACGUUUCGCAAAUAACAAUUCAGGUAAAACCUACGGACCUGAGCGGCGACAAACUUCAUGAGCUAAUAAGUGGCAAGGAUGGCUUGUUGAAAGAAGCUAAGAAAAGGGGAAACUUGCAGGAAAUGGUAGAAAUUAUCAACGCUGUUGGCUCGAUUUUGAACUACCAAGGAAGGCAAGCCGGUGAUGCUGUAAACAGGAGCGCAGAAGAUCAGGCUAGCGCUAAAUCUCGACAAGAUUUUCGACGUGACAUUUUGAAAGAUCUGUCCGAGUUUAAAUUGUCUACAGUGGGUCAUGUCAAACUGCUGGCCUCAGCCAUUGACGUGGCGACUGAGGUUCGAGACGAAGUGGAUACAAAAUCUCAGGAGCUGGCUAUGUUCACAUUCCAGGAGAUGGACACAAUGUUAACUAAAGAAUCGCAAAAUAACGCGGGUUUCAAGGUUGUUAGGGAUACUGUCGGCUCAUUUCUAGGUGGACUUUCAAACGUACUUAUUUCCGCAGCUUCCAUGGCAAAGGUUGAAAACGCGGACUCUACGGAUAAUAUAACAGGUUUUACUGGCAAUAGCUCAACUGGAGGAAAAGUUUCCGUCAAGGAACGGGCACAAAAUCGAACAUUAAAACUCGUUUCGUUAGUUGACGACUUGGGACAUACUGUUCUGGAAAACAUGGUGGCUGGAGAGCCUUCCGUGUCGGUGAAAACCCGCAACUUCAACCUGACUGUCAAGAAAGACCUGUUUCAAGACUUGGGUAACACCAGUCUCACAGACGAAUAUACUAAAUUCAAGUUGCCAUCUCUGGAGGACAUGGGGCUGGGCCUUGAUAAGAAUGGAUCACGGCAGUACACAGCAGUGGAAUUACAGAUGACCACCAUCCCAAACAACUUAUACACCUGGUCGAACACCAGCAAACAGGUCAAUUCUUACGCGGUCAGCCUCAAUAUUAAGGACGAAAGUCGGAACCCUCUGGACACAUCUAACUUCUCUAAAGAAGCUGACCUUUACAUACCCCGCAACGCAAGCAACCUCCCUAAACAUGAAGAGUUCUAUUUGAAACCAUUUGGAGACAGAAAAUUCAUUCAGUACCAUCAGGUUGACGUAAAUUCUGCAAACUACUCUGUUCACAUCCAAGUGAGGCCCGUAAACGAGUCUGUGGAAAAAAUAACAGUUCUGUUACGGUAUAACGAAAGACCGACACUGGAAAACUUUGACCAUAACUGGACAAUACCAGAUCUCCGCGACUGUUCCUAUAAAAAGGAGUCCAGGCUUAGGAAUUCCUCGUUACCAGGUUCCGCAAGCAACAUGACGAACUCGUCCGCGACCAAUUCCUCUGGGAUUGAACAGAUCCCUGUAAUUGACGUGGCGAGACAUUGCAAAAGAGAUCCGUACACCGUCUCUAUUAGCAAUGAAGUGGUGACUAAAAGUGGCAAGUAUUACCUUGCCAUAUUUUACGAGGAACCUGAGCCUGAGGUCGAGGAAGUAACAAGCUCUUCGAAUGUUGAACGCAGACGAAGAGAAAUCGAUCUCGAACACAUUCCGAUCGCCUGCAGGGGAGCUCAUGGGAGAAUGAAGAGGUCAUGCGUUAUCAUACCCCCACCCCCACCGAAACCAACGACUCCACCUACACAGCUGUCUGGAACCAGACCGGCAAAUGUCGACUACCAAGGCAAUCCCUUUAACCCAAAUGACACAGAACAUUAUUUGAUGAGAGUGUUUUCAUCCAAUUGUUUAUUCUGGGAUGAGAAAAGUGGAAACUGGAUCAACAAGGGAUGCAAGGUCGGAGAGGAAACUACACCUGAACUUGUUCACUGCAAGUGUAACCAUCUCACAUCAUUCGCCAGUGAUUUUCUUGUGGCGCCAAAUCCAAUCGAUUUUGAUAAGGUUUUUUCUGCUGACCUUAGCAAGAACUUUGCGGUUUUGUUAGUGGUUUGCCUACUGUUUGGAUUGUACUUUGUUCUUAUCAUCAUUGCUCGAAGAUUUGACAGGAGAGACCUUGAUAAGCUUGGGGCCACAGCAGUGAGGAACAGAAACGAAGCUUCGUUUCCAUAUCUGAUAAGCAUCCACACUGGAGUGAGGCAAAACGCAGGGACCACUAGUAGCGUUUAUAUAGUACUCUCAGGUGAUGAGUGGGAAAGCACCCCGAUGGCCCUUGUAGACCUUGACCGAAGAGUGUUUCAAAGAGGCCAAGAAAACAAUUUCGUGAUUACUCUUCCGAGAAGGCUUGGAAACCUUUCUCAUAUUAGGAUAUGGCAUGAUAAUUAUGGGACCAAUGCGUCUUGGUACCUCAGUCGCGUGUCUGUGGAAGACCUGCGGACGGAGGAUCGCUGGUAUUUCAUCUGUGAACGUUGGCUGGCUGUAGAAGAGGAUGACGGGAAGGUAGAGCGAAUACUUCCGGUUGCAAGCGAACAAGAGCUGACUCAUUUUCAACAUCUUUUUGUGAGUAAGACCGUGAGGGAACUAGGCGAUGGUCAUCUGUGGUUUUCAGUUGUGACUCGCCCCGCAACGAGUCCGUUCACACGGGUUCAACGAGUAUCAUGUUGUCUUUCGCUGCUAUGCUGUACAAUGGUCACAAACGCCAUGUUUUAUCGGAUGGGAGGGGAGGGUGAGAAGGCGACCAUGAUACAAAUAGGAUCAUUCGAGUUUGACCUUCGAGGUUUCAUCAUCGGAAUACAAGCGAGUCUCAUAGUGUUCCCUGUCAACUUUGCAUUGGUUCAAAUCUUCAGAAACGUGCGUCCGAAACAAGUAAAACAAGAGCAAAACAUGGAGACUGUGGAAAAGCAAGGAACAGGUUUCGCCGACAUCAGUAAAUGUUCCUCCACUGAGACGCUACAGAAUGCGUCCAGUCAAGAGAAAAUAAUUAAAAAAGACGAUGGCGACAAAAGGAACAAAGACGAUAAGAAAAAGGGGAAAAAAGGUCUUCCGCAUUGGUUAGUCUAUGUGGCUUGGAUUCUCUGCUUCUUCUCGUCUGUCACCCCGGCAGUUUUCACGGUCUUCUACAGUUUGUCGUGGGGACCAGAAAUCGCAAACAAAUGGUUGUUAGCCUUUGUAACGUCCUUUUUCCAGUCAAUACUAAUAAUACAGCCCCUAAAAGUGGUGUUAGCUGCCCUGCUGUUUGCGAUAAUUGUUAAAAAGCCGAUAGAUUCAGGUGACGAGGCACACGACAAAAAAGAAGUCAAAGCAAGUCCUGUCGGUGAGGAGACUGGGGACGAUAUUCUACUUGAUUUUGAUGAGGACGACGAGAGAUACAGGCCCCCGGACGAAGAUUUCUUACAAGCCGCCCGAGCACAACGACUGAAGGAAGUGCGCAUGUCCGAAAUCAUAAAAGAAAUCGUCACUUACUUUUUGUUCCUCAUCCUACUCAUGCUGGUUGCCUAUGGCAACAGGGACCCCAAUACGUACCUCCUGAGGAAGACCCUCCACGAAACUUUCGUGGACCUGGACCAAACCGGUGUGGACUUUUCUGACGCUAGUGACUUAGAGCUAUUUUGGCACUGGAAUCGUGAGACGCUAAUACCAAAUUUAUACCCAGGGGUGUUGUACAACAACAAAUCGGACAAGUACACUGGGUUCAUUUCUGAUCGAAAUAACUACUUGGUUGGAAUCUCUAGGUUAAGACAGGCACGCGUAGAGAAAGAUUCCUGUGAGGUUGACGAACACUUCACGUCUUUUUUUGAUAAAUGCUAUGCAGAGUACUCACUGCUUAAUGAAGACACGGAAGAUUACGACAUAGGGUGGAAGUUUCUGAACAAAAGUGCCGGCGAUGUGAAAUCUCGCCGCAAAAGAAGCGUUCAAGAACAAUUUGCCUUUCGUAAAGGAGAUAAAAUUCUUAAGGGCUUCGGAGAGCAACCUAAAGUUCGGCGCCGUCGUACAAUCGAACCUGUUUACACUUCUACAUCAGGUCGUCAGCAGAGAAAACGGAAGAGGCCUGGUAGCACAGCUAAAAAUUACUAUGUAUUGAACUCUGCAAUUCUACCCGACGGAUCAAUUGUUUCUUGUCCCUCCCGCUGGUUGCAUAACAGUGCAUUAGAACUCAGAGGGUAUCCUUUCUGGGGACGAUUGACCCUAUACAAUGGAGGUGGGUAUCCCGCGGAAUUGGGAUACGAUUACCCUACGGCACUCACAGUAGUGGCUGAUCUUCAUUCACAUAACUGGGUAGACCCACAGACCCGCUCAGUGUUCGUGGAAUUCACCGUGUACAACGCUAAUACCAACUUAUUUGGCAUAGCCUUCAUGUUCGUUGAGUUCCUGCCCACAGGAGGGGGUUUCCCAUACGCCCACUUUGCGGUGGCAAGGUUGUACAGUUACGUUGGGCCAUUCGCCAACUUCAUUCUUGCAUGUCAGAUUUUCUUGAUUCUGUUCAUGUUGUAUUUCAUGUACCGCGAAGGGAAGCAGAUGUACAAGCAACGGAGGGCGUACUUCCGCGGUUUUUUCAACUGGAUGGAGGUGACACUGAUCAUUUGCGAGUUUGCCAUGGUAAUUCUCUACUUUGCACGUCUCUGGGAAGUAGACAAGAAUCUGAUGAAGCUGCGCUACAACCCCAAGGAUUUUGUUAGCUUCCAAUAUGCCGGGGCCGCAGACGAGUCCCUUACUGUAAUCAUGGGUGUCCUUGUGUUCCUUGUAACUCUCCGAUUCCUAAAACUGUUCAGAUUUAACAAGCGAAUGGCACUUAUCGGAUCAACCCUAGGAGCAGUUGCAAAGCCUCUUGGGAUGUUCUGUAUCAGUUUCAUGAUCGUUUACAUUGCCUACGCAACCAUGGCUUGGUUGGCGUUUGGUAUUGAAAACGACAAGUUUAGGAACUUCCUCGUCGUUCUUGAAACUCAAAUGAGUAUCGUUCUGGGCGAUUUCGACUAUGAUGAGUUUCAAAGCGCAAACCGUCUGCUCGGACCCAUCUACUUCUUCUCUUUCAUGUACUUCAGCGUCUUCUACCUCCUGAACAUGUUUAUGGCGAUCAUAAACGACACCUUUUCGGAGGUCAAGUCCUCUAACGACAAACAAAAAAAUGAGUACGAAAUGGUGGAAUUCAUCAUAUCCAGAUUUAAAGAGAAUUUGGGUCUGAAUCGAAAUCGCAUCGGAACUAGCAAGAGCCCGUUCGUGAAUCCGUCUUCGGGUUUUCCAUCAUCUCCCCCGUUCUCGCCUUCGGAUUACAAGCACAGGGAAGACGACAGUGCCUCGGAGAAAACCGAGCAAAGCCGAAUGGAAUACGAAGACGAACUGCACCCGACAAGAUCUGACACUCAAAGCGUCUUUCGUACUCUGUCGGCGUUGGACAAGCACCUUGACGAGUUGACGGCGUUCGUCAAGAAAAGCGAAAAACACGUCGUUAAAAGCGACGAAAUGCUUCUCGACAUGAUCGAUAAAAUACAAAACGAGACAGGCGAUGAUGAACUGUACGACCAGUUUUUAAAUGAAGUACAAACAAAUCUGUAGACACUUCCGUGUUGUUAUCAUGCCAUUAUGACUUUUUCAAGCGUAGUAACAGUAGGUUCCGGCCGAGCUCUUUUAAAAACGCUCACAUAGAGGCUUGGUUAUAAAACGAAGGCCUUAUUAUUUUUAAUCAAAAUGGCAGCAGUUCAGUUUUUCGCUUUAUGCUAUAAAGUUAACCAUUGAUUUACCCCAUGUCGACAAGCACUAAUUUGACGAAGUACGUUGUAAAUACUGAUAAUUUUAGUAGAUUUUUGAUAGUGACUAACAUUUCGCCUGGACGCUAAAAAUCACAGGGGCACAAAGAAGUCCAGGGUUGUUACUUCUUGGACAGUGUCGAUAAUUGGUAAUUAUGAAGGCAAUAGAGCAAUCGUGUGAUGGCAUGAUAAAUAGGCAACACUAAAAAAAAAAGAUUUCAAAGUAAGCAAAGGCAAAGAUGCACUUCAUGGAGUCACGUUAAUAUAGCGACAGUUAAAUCAAACGACAUUUGAUUAUUGCGCACGCAACUUCUGGAUAAAAAAAUUAGUAACAUUUGCCAUUUGAUAUUUGAGCGUCACAGAAAUAUACAUUGAGUGCACAUUAUUCUACAUUCGGCAUGCUUUCCUAAAAGCUUCCUAGCAAAGUCUGAAUAUGGUCCAUGACAAAUUGAAAAAUUUGCAAUGGACCAGCGAGAGGUUCGCAUCAAAGAGCGCAAAAUUGCAGCAGGUGGAAAGCGCGGGAAAAUCUGUGUUCUUGUAACCAUACCUCACUAAGAAAUGGGUGUUCUUAUUGAUUUUAAAUGACUGCCCCAGCACCUUAAAGUAGUAAAAUAGGGCACAGUAAACAACCCAACAAUGCAAAAAGUUUGCUGUCUUGGCUAUCAACACUUUGUAAGUUGGCGCAAUUUUAAUCACGUGUAAAAAUAGGCUCGACUGUGUGUUAGAUGGUAGGACACUAUGCGGAAGUUUCCUUUAUUCAGCAAUUUGUACCGAUGAAACGCCACCAUUCUUUCUCGACAGUGAAAAUAAUAAUCACUUACAUAUUUCAGCGAAAUCAGAAGCUAAGCAGUCUCCGGAGAGUCAAGUUUAAAAGCUGUGAUAGCUUUAAGGUUACAUUGACUAGGCUAAUCUUAUACAUAAAUUAAUCCAUCGUUUCAAUUAAUUGAUCUAGUCAUCUAAGGCAGUUGAUGUUGACCUCUAAGACGCUUUUGUGACGUAAGGAAUCCUUUUGUAUUGAGAAGCAUUCGUAAAUUAACGGAUCUAAUUGUAUCAUUGAGUCAUACUCACACUAAGUAAUUAAAUUAAGACCAUUUGUUCGACAAUUGAUUUUAAACAAUUUUGCCACAAAGGGAAGUCUUUUGUAUUGAUAGAUGUUUAAAAUUAUUGAUGUAAUUGAAACUUUGACACAGACUCACUGUUAGGUCAAGUUUGAAGCACUUGUACGCACAUGAAUCCACAAUUCUUACAUUUUCUAUGUCAAAAUAAACAAGUCUAGAAUA